AUGGCGACCGCAGUGGCUCAGGGAGCCUCUGGCAACACUACCUUCAAAGACAAGGAGAAGCCCAUGGCGGUGCGGCAAUCCAACAUUCUUGCUGCUCGGGCUGUCGCCGAUGCUAUUCGAACAUCUUUGGGACCCAGGGGUAUGGACAAGAUGAUCCAAACACCCAAGGGAAACACCAUCAUCACCAACGAUGGAAAUACCAUGCUCAAAGAUAUGAGCGUCAUGCACCCCGCCGCUCGCAUGCUUGUCGACCUCAGUGCUGCACAGGAUGUGGAAGCUGGCGAUGGUACAACCUCGGUCGUUGUCAUCGCUGGUAGUCUGCUUGGUGCUGCUGAGCGAUUGUUGUCAAAGGGCAUUCACCCCACUGUCAUCUCCGAGUCUUUCCAGCGUGCAGCCAAUGCUGCCGUCGGGAUUCUCCACAACAUGUCUCGACCGAUCAACCUGACCGACCGUGCUACCCUCCUCCAAGCUGCCUCCACCUCCCUCUCGUCGAAGAUUGUCUCCCAGCAUUCUGGCCUCCUGGGUCCGAUGGCUGUUGACUCCGUGUUGAAGAUUGUUGAUCCCAAGACUGCUGAGAAUGUCGAUCUGCGCAAUAUUCGGAUCAUUAAGAAGGUUGGAGGCACAAUCGAGGACAGUGAGAUGAUUGAUGGCUUGGUUCUGAACCAGCCCGUCAUCAAGAGCAGCGGUGGCCCUACAAGAAUUGAGAAAGCUCGGAUAGGUUUGAUCCAGUUCCAGCUGAGUCCACCUAAACCCGACAUGGAGAACCAAAUCGUUGUGAACGACUACCGUCAGAUGGACAAGAUUUUGAAGGAGGAGCGCCAGUACUUGCUGAACAUGGUCAAAAAGAUCCAAAAGACCAAGUGUAAUGUGCUUCUGAUCCAGAAGUCCAUUCUUCGGGAUGCUGUCAAUGACCUUUCCCUGCACUUCUUGUCCCGUCUGAAGAUUCUUGCCAUCAAGGAUAUCGAGCGUGAUGAGGUUGAGUUCCUGUGCAAGAGCCUGGGCUGCAAGCCAGUUGCCAAUGUUGACUCCUUCACCGAGGACAAGCUUGGUACCGCUGAUCUUGUCGAAGAAGUUCAGGCUUCUGGUGCCCGUUACGUCAAGAUCACUGGUAUCAAGGCGCCCGCUGCCACUGCCAACCAGACCGUCUCCAUCGUUGCCCGUGGUGCCAACAAGUUGAUUUUGGAUGAGGCUGAGCGUUCUCUUCACGACGCCCUUUGCGUCAUCCGCUGUCUGGUCAAGAAGCGCGCUUUGAUUGCCGGUGGCGGUGCCCCCGAAGUCGAAGUGGCACAUACACUAGCCAUGCGUGCUCGUGAACUUACCGGCACUGAGGCCAUCUGCUGGAAGGCAUUUGCGGACGCCAUGGAAGUCAUUCCUACCACUCUUGCUGAGAACGCUGGUCUCAACUCUAUCAAGGUGGUCACUGACCUGCGCCACCGUCACGCUCAAGGCCAGCACAAUGCUGGCGUGAGCAUCCGCAGUGGUGGUGUUAAGGAUGAUAUCACGGAAGAAAACAUUCUGCAGCCGUUGCUGGUGAGCACCAGUGCUAUCGAGCUGGCUGCUGAAACGGUGAAGAUGAUCAUGAGAAUUGACGACAUUGCUCUGUCGCGGUAA